CAUGAGGUCGUGGAGUCACGUGGCCUUGCUGGCCUUCCUGUCCAUCAAAUGGCUGACCACUUGUGUGCUAGCUGAUAACGUCUUCUGUGAUGACCCAGAGCUAUGCAGUAUGACCAAAAGAUUUUUACGUUUCGGUAGGGCGCUAGACACAGAGCCCUACUCCAGAAUCAGCCGGCAGUUCUACAGAAUCGGGCGCGGGGGGUACCAGCCCUACCAGGACAAGCGAUUCCUGCGGUUCGGCCGGUCGGAACAACCGGAUGUUGACGAAUACCUCCGGGAUGUAAUCCUCCAAUCAGAAGAGCCCGUCUACCGGAAGCGGAGGUCUGCGGUCGUGACGGAAAAUGCCGAGCAAGCGCACCGAGCACAAAGAUCCGCCGAACCCAUCGCGGAAAACGAGAAUAAAGAAUUAGAGAAACGAGAGCCGUCGGAAAUCGAGGUCGAUAAAAAGUUCAUGAGGUUCGGAAGAGGCGACGAGGAGGAGGAGAAGAGGUUUAUGAGGUUCGGGAAAAGGUUCAUGAGGUUUGGUAAAAGGUUCAUGCGAUUUGGCCGCGACCCGGAGAAGCGUUUCAUGCGGUUCGGUCGGAACCGGACGCUGCGUGGUGACCCUUUCAUCAGAUUCGGCCGCGGUGACCCGUUUUUAAGAUUCGGUAGAGGUGACCCGUUCUUGAGGUUUGGCCGUGGUGACCCAUUCAUCAGAUUCGGGCGAGGCGAUCCAUUCAUCAGAUUCGGCAAACGUGAUUCAAGUCGAGUCACUAGGGGUGAUCCUUUUAUCAGGUUCGGGAGAAGUGACCCUUACAUCAGAUUCGGACGAAAUGACCCCUACCUGAGAUUUGGGAGAAACGAACCCUACCUGAGAUUUGGGAGAGGUGACCCCUUCAUUCGAUUCGGACGAGGAGACCCUUUUCUAAGGUUUGGGAAGAGUUCAUCAGACGGUCGGGCAGAGAUUGAGGAGGAGAUUCUCUCCAGAGUCAGCGCAGACGAAGCCGUGAAACCGAGCCGCAAAAGGCGGUCUGCUGACGUCAUGCCACACGACGAGCCCGCGCUGGAAAAAAGAUCUUCAGCAGAACUCAAGUCGUCGGUGGCAGACGACAAGGCCCUCAUGGAGGUGGACGUGCGGGAGAUCAGGGCUAAGCCGUACAUGAGGUUCGGCAGAAACAACGACGGCGCCUACCUGCUCGAGGACAUGGAGAAGCUGACCUCUGACCUCUCUGACGACGGGUACGGCCGCUACGCCCGCGAGCCCAGCAGAAGCUCCUACCCCAGGUUCGGCAAACGGGACGAGGUCAAGCGGAGCCAGUACAUGCGCUUUGGUCGGGCCCAGGAGAAGAUCUGAUUGGUUGAAACUGUUCCACGGGACGAUGUGAUUGGAUGAAAUUUUUUUUUUACUGCUGUCAUUUAAAUGUAUGAAAGUGAAGUCUAAAAUAAAAGGAAACCGUUUUAUCA